CCCCGGGGCGGUGCCGGGGCCGGCGGCGGCGGAGCAGAGGGGCCAUGGUGAAGAUCGGCGUCCAGCAGCCGCCCGCGGCGCUCAAGCCGGACAAGGAGAAGGAGAAGGCGGCGGGGGGCGAUGGGGCGGCGGGCGCUGUGCUGCUGCCCCCGGGCGCCGUGAGUGGGGCGGGGGCGAGGGGCGGCGGGAACCGAGAGGAGGAGCCGGCCCCCACGGCGCAGGGCCGCAGGUCAUCGCUCAGCGGGGUGUGCUACCUGACCAUGGGCCUCCUCGUGCUGCUGCUGGGCCUGGUCUUUGCAUCGAUGUACGUGUACAGAUACUUCUUCAUCACCCAGCUGCCCCGUGAGAGUGUGUUCCACUGCGGUGUCCUGUACGAAGACUCGCUGUACUCACCCUUCAAAGGGCAGCUGGAGCUGCACGAAGAUGUCAAGAUUUACAUUGAGGAGAACUACGAGCAGAUCAACGUCCCAGUGCCCCAGUUUGGAGGGAGCGACCCUGCAGACAUCAUCCACGAUUUCCAGCGAGGUCUGACAGCGUAUCACGACAUUACGCUGGAUAAGUGCUACGUCAUCGAGCUGAACACCACCAUCGUGAUGCCCCCUCGCAACCUGUGGGAGCUGCUGGUCAACGUGAAGAAGGGGACAUACCUGCCUCAGACGUACAUAAUCCAGGAGGAGAUGAUCGCCACGGAGCACGUCAGUGACAUGGAGCAGCUGGGCUCCUUCAUCUACCGCCUGUGCAGCGGCAAGGAGACGUACCGGCUGCGGCGGCGUGGCACGCGCAGACGUAUCAGUCGACGUGAGGCUGGAAACUGUCAUCGUAUUCGUCAUUUUGAAAACACUUUUGUGGUCGAAACUGUUAUCUGCCAAAAGUCAUGAAGCCACUCUCCAGAUGUAACCUUCCUUGGCUUUGCUUGCACACACAUGCACACACAUGCUCUCAGCCCUCUCUUUAGACAUGGUAAUCUGGCUACUUUUUAUACUCCCCCCAGCUUGUGCAGCUCUAACCUCUGGGGUCCUUUGUGGCCCUUCCUUCCCUGCUACCUACCCAAGACAUUUGCUGGGCUUAAAUUUACACAGUGGUCAAAGAUAACCUGGGGGUAGAUGCAGCUUCUUCCACACCACAGGAUGGAAAUCUCUUUUGGGAGCAGGUUUAGGUAGAAGGGAUGGCUGAGAAAUAGGAAUGCUGGGAAUAGGUGCUCUUUUCCUGGCUGAGCAGUUUCAGGCUGGGAUAUUGCUCUGAUGCUGCCUUGGCACUGGGAAAGAGGGUGUAUGCACAAGAGGAGGAUUUCCAUUUUGGUGCUGAUGUCAUGACCUAAACCAAGUGCACUGAGGAAAGGUAAAGUUGUGAGGCUACAGACAGGGCAAUUUGGAGAGCUCAGCAGAGGGAAGGUUUCUGCCCAAACCAUGCUGUGGUGGUCCCAUUUUGCUGUGUGUUGUCCCCUUGAAGACCAGAUUUUCAAACAUUGAAAGCAACUCCUGUGUGCUGUUUUUGUGACCUGCUCCUCCUGAAUGUGACAUGGCUCAGCUGAAAGUGCAGGGGGUCCUGGGGGGUGUCCAGGGCAGGCAGGAGGACAGGGCAAGGGGCAAUGAGGUGGGUGGGGGACGACAUGAAUAACACAGCAUGUCCCUGCUCUCCAGUCACAAAGCAGAGGGUGAAGUGCAUGGCUCUGUAGCCCUUUCUCUAACACACAGUUGCAGCUGCUGUGGAUCCUGGGCAGAUUUGCUGUCACACUGCCUGAGUAAAUAGAGGUGUGUCUUUAAUGCAAGAUUCUAAUGCCCCACUGAUACACCAUCUGUAGGCUGUGGCUGCAGGUGGAGCCUCGUGUCUGUCCUGGCCAGCUCUGCUUGCUUGGGAGGAUGAGUUGUUUUCACAUGGAUCCAUCUUCCUGAGUUGUGUGUGGAUGGGGUGCCAUGCCUGCACACCAAGUGGUGUCAGCAGCAGAACUGAUAGUUACUGGCAAGUGAAGAAGGAGAUUUUUGAAGUCUUUUAACAGUGUGUAUUCUUGUGUGACUCCUCCAGUGGAAGCUGUUUUGAUAGUAAUCACUGUAAUCCAGCUGUGUAUCGCAUUAUCUGCAGGCACCAUUGUGGUACAGAUAUUGAUACAAGGCAAGAUUCAGCUGAUCAAUAUACUGCAGAGAGAUUGUUUGAACAAAACUGCAUUUCUAUUGAUCAUUAGAAGAAUUGCAGAGUAAUUAAAUAUUCUUCCCUCUGUUCCAUAUAGUUAAAACUAAUUAGGUUCUUGAAAUGCAGGCAGUUUUUUGGCUUGAAAGAAUGGGGUGAGUUUCCACUUGGCACAUUCUUGUUAAUUGGUUUCCAGCAAAUCUGGACUUGUUCACCAUCUGUUGAAAUGAGUUUGUUGUUUUGGAAGAGGAAGGAUAAAGUAAAUGCAAGUACAGUCAUUAACUCAGCAGAACCAAAACACAAAAUUAAUAUAUUUUAAACUUUUGAGUGUUAAUUCUAUGAGUUAAUUAUGUGAAAACAAAACAGGAUAUCACGAUGGCCAUCUAAUGCAGUAGGAAUUAGUAUGUCCUUAGAGGCUGAGUAUUUAUUAUUUUAUACAAACAUAGCUAUAAACAUUAAUUUCUAUCAAGUAGAGGAGGACACUUUGGUUUCAUUAUGCUUUAAGCUUGAUGUAAAAUGAAGAAUUACCAGGGGUUGAUAUGGAAAGUUUCCCACUGCCAGAUGGGUAUUUAGUUUUCUAGCAUUGUGUUUUCCCAGCAAUAACUUGCUGCUAGCCCCAGCCUUUAAUUGCCAAGAGGAUGACAAGAAGUGGGUCAGAGAAUUGGUUCACUUAAUGGAAGUAACUGGUAAAUUUAAGCCCUGCGUUUCUCUUCAUUUCUAGAAGCCUAAGCCUGCACUCAGGUGAGCAUACAGGCCUCUUCCCCUCCCCUCUGGUUCUGCAUGAUUUAACUGGUCAUUGGAUAUGCUAACUGUGCAAUCCCGCAGCUGUAAGGACAAACCUUGGUUCUUUAGGAUGAACUAAUGUGGUCACUGUUCCAUAGGAUGAGAAGGCAGUUGUCUAGAAAGAAAACAUAAGAUGCUUUGUAUAUUUUGUCUGGUGGGAAUCUUACUUCUUAGAAAAAACCCAUGGGAUAAUAAAAUCUUUUACCUCUGA